AUGCUCCGAUCGCCAGCACUGCAGCUUGUGCUUGAAUCAUCCUGCGACAUGUUGCUCAGAAACGCUGCCACACCCCUGGGUGCCCUGCUCGCCCUAUGCCCCUCUUCAUCAUUUGCUCAAAAUACUCCUUGUCAGACCACGACGGUGCAAGCAACCGUACCGAAUAACGCCAAUGUCGCCCUGCAUUCUUACUCGUACUGCGGCGGUAACCUGGAUGUCUCGGUUUACAUCGCCAAUGUCAACUACAACAAAGUGGUUACUCUGUACUACACAGACAGCCAGGGCGUUUCUACGCCUUUGACAUCAGUCGCACUCGGCUACAAUUCCAGCAUCCCAGACACCAACUAUGAGUUCUGGAGUGCGAACACCCCUGUCUACCUCGAUGGCAUUACUGAGUUGUUGAACCUUACCUAUCAAGCCAAGGACAUUGGGCAGACUUACGUACAGCAGCUGGAGCUUGCGGUCAAGGCUAGUGGCAAUNNCCCUCCUGCUCCUGCAGCUAUCCCAUCGCCUUACGCAACCCCGAGCGGCUUCUCCGAUGAUAUCACUGCCUGGUUGGCUCCCAACAAUGGCUCACAAGCCGACUUUUCGAAGACGCACAUGUUCCUGAAUAUCAAUCCCGACAUCGAUGGUGCUGCCAAGGGCACCGUAGUUGCCGCUCGGUCCGGUCCCUCCUAUGAUCAAAAGCUUCCAGACUACGAAUAUGAUUGGGUUCGUGACUCCUCAUUGACCAUGGAAGUCGUCCGAUCUCUCUACGCGGCAUCCACAGUUGACAAGUUUACCCGCAAGUACAAAGAUGCGCUCUUCCAUUACGCAGAAGGAAGAGCUGUCGAGCAGACUGACCCGUCGCUCACGUUUGCCGGCCUCGGAGAGCCCAAGUUUUACUUGAACAACACUGCUUUCACUGGCCCUUGGGGCCGACCUCAGAAUGAUGGCCCUGCAACUGCGGCCAUCACCCUCAUGGAGUUUGCCAAUGAUUACAUGAAGAAAGGCGGAACCUUGUCUUCUGUCCGUGACCGUAUCUGGAAUUCAACAGCAAAUCCUCAGAAAGCGCCCGUUUUGAAGGAUCUAUUGUUCGUGGCCAGCAACUGGAGCUCGCCCAGCUUUGAUCUAUGGGAAGAGGAGGAAAGCACCCACUUUUACACACGCCUCGUCCAGCGUCGUGCCCUGGUUAUGGGUGCCAAGUUCGCAACUAUGCUUGGUGAUGCAGCAACCAGUAACACACUCUCCUCUGCUGCCACUCAACUCACUGCCACACUCGAUCAGUUCUGGAGCCCGAACAGGAAGCUCAUCCUCUACGAGUAUGGACCUGUGUUACAUGGCAAGAACUCAUUCAUUGAUAUCGCCGUCAUUCUCGGUGUUAUUCAUGGCUAUGCUGAUGAUGGUGUAUACUCAUACACGAACGACAGAGUGCUCGCAUCAGCUCUGAAGAUUUCGACUAGCUUCCUCGAUGUGUACCCGAUAGCGAAGACAAUCAAGGACUCAAGCGGUCUUCCGCUUGCUAUACCGAUUNNGGCACAAGCUGACAUACCAAAAGCNAACCCGUGGUACCUGACCACUGCCACCAUGGCUCAGUACCUCUACUCGGUCGCUUCGGAGUACCAAGCUGCAGGUAGUCUGACAGUCAACAAUGCCACUGCACCUUUCUUCGCAUACUACGCACCAACAGCCGGCUUCAAGUCAAAGACCUACUCUUCCAACACCAAAGAGUUUUCCUCAGUAAUUGCCAGUCUGAAAGGUUGGGGUGACGCGUAUAUCCGUCGCAUCAAGUAUCAUACACCGGCUAGUGGAAACUUGGCUGAGGAGUUCAAUCGCAACAACGGUAUCGCACAAGGAGCAGCUGACCUGACCUGGAGUUAUGCUUCGCUUCUUACUGCUGCCUUUGCUCGUGCUGCCCUGUCGGGUGACGGGACUUACGUCCAAAAGGUUGCAGCUUUGGCAUAUGAAUAG